GUUUCGCUUCUCUCCUGCCUCGGCCGCAUUCUCCUCUCCGGUCCUCAGCCGCCGCCCAAGCGCAUCCGUCCAAAUCAUAGAAGUAGACACAUUAUGAAACACACCGUCGCACACCGCCCUCGGUCGUUCCGGUGUCUUUCCAUAAUGUUCUGCCUCUAUUGUUUUGAAGCCCGCCGCCUUGGCCGAUCAAAUGCGUCCAUCUCUUGUUCCCAUUGUCGGCAUGAGUGUGUCCAUCUUGUUCUUUAUGCACCGUAGCUUGCAUGCAAACGUCCUCUCGAUCCCAGCCCUCGCCGGGAAUGGCCGCUAUUGCCAAGUUUUCCUACCCACCCCUCACAGCUCCGUAGCGAAAGCCGCUUCAGUGUCUGUGUCGGGUUUCCUUCCCGCAGACACUCGCUGGCCCUGAUCCCAGACUUCUGUCAGAAACAUGCCGAUCCGGGCUUUGGGGAUGGUUCGCGGGGAUUGUUCCGUUGCUGGAAUGCAUGGCCGAUUGGUCUUCCCAGAUGGCGCUCCCUUGGCCGUCACAGACUACGCUGACAUGGGAUCGUGAGGGUGUCCUGUGUAAAGUGUGUACAAUAUGCGGAUAUCAGAGGAAGGUGAGGGAACUGGUUGGUAAAUACACAUUGACCCGAC